AAAUAUUAAAAAAAAUUCAUGUUAGUUCUCAUGUUAAAAAUCUUAUAUGAGCAUUUAUAUAUAUUAUAACUUGAGAAAAACAUUGUUGCUCACCAUAUGUACAUAAAAAGAGCCAGGUAAGCCAACCAGCCACAUUUGUAAGUAAAACUUCAGUGUAAGAAAUGGCCUUGGAAGAAGAACUUUUGGGAAACAAGGAUGAAACCAAGACAUGGAAGAGUGGGUUAAAGGAGGAGGUAAAGAAGCUGAGCUCCUUGGCAGCUCCAAUGGUGGUGGUGAGUGUGUCUCAGUACCUCGUGCAGUUUGCGUCACUAACAUUGGCUGGACAUAUUGAUGAACUCUCUCUCUCUGGUGUUGCAAUUGCCUCCUCUUUCACUAAUGUCACUGGCUUCAGUCUUGUUCUUGGAAUGGCUGGUGCAUUGGAAACUUUAUGUGGACAAGCUUAUGGAGCAAACCAAUAUCAGAAGCUUGGAAUGUACACUUAUUGUGCUUCAAUUUGUCUUAGUCUAGUUUGUUUACCAAUAUCUAUCCUUUGGAUGAUCAUGGACAAAGUGCUUAUAUUGGUAGGCCAAGACCCUUUAAUCUCCCAAGAAGCCACCAAAUAUGCAAGCUUACUCAUCCCUGCAUUAUUUGCAUAUGCUAUUCAACAAUCACUGGUUUGCUAUUUCCAGUCUCAGGGAUUGACUUUUCCAGUGCUUAUAAGCUCAUGUACCAUUCUCUGUUUCCACAUACCAGUUUGUUGGGCUCUAGUGUAUAAGCUGGAAUUAGGAAGCAGAGGAGCAGCAAUGUCCAUAGGUUUAUCAUAUUGGUUGAAUGUGAUAUUCCUUGUGUUAUACAUGCAGUAUUCUUCAGAUUGUGAGAAAACCCGCGUCACAUUUUCGAUUGACGUUUUGUUAAGCAUUAGAGAAUUUCUUUCAUAUGCUAUCCCUUCGGGAGUUAUGGUUUGUCUUGAAUGGUGGUCAUUUGAGAUACUCACUUUACUAUCUGGGCUUCUACCAAAUCCGGAACUUGAAACUUCAGUCCUUUCGACUUGCCUUACAACAACUACAUUGCACUAUUUCAUACCUUAUGGUAUUGGUACCGCUGCAAGCACUCGAAUUUCCAACGAAUUAGGAGGUGGGAAUUCAAAUGCGGCUCGAAUGGCUUUUUAUGUAGCUCUGAUGCUUGCUGUCAUAGAGGCAGUUGUUAUGAGCACAAUUCUCUUUUGCUGUCGUUCAGUUCUUGGUUAUGUUUAUAGCAGUGAAAAGGAAAUUGUGGAUUAUGUGGAAAAACUAACUCCCCUGCUUUCUCUCUCCUUUAUCAUGGAUAGCCUACAACUUGUGUUUUGUGGGUUUGCUAGAGGAUGUGGCUGGCAACAUUUGGGAGCAUAUGCUAAUAUGGGUGCAUAUUAUUUAGUUGGAAUUCCUGUAGCUGCUAUAUUGGGUUUCCUUGUAAAACUAAGAGGAAUUGGCCUUUGGAUUGGAAUUCUUACAGGAUCUUCUCUACAAGCAUUUCUGCUUGCCCUUAUAACAUCCUUCACAAAUUGGCAGAAAGAGGCAGUCAAGGCAAAGGAGAGGAUAUUUAAGGAGACGGCUAACAUAUAAGCAAACCAACAAUUGCCAAACAGACUCCAUGGUCAUUGGUCACCAAUGCUCUAAUACCAUAUUGAAGCACCAUCUAUUUUAAAGUCUUAAUUUGAUAGAAAGUGCAUAACUAUUUAUAUCAAGCUAUCGCACAAUUUAUUAUCAAUUAUUUAUGACAAAUACUUUUAUCA